CGUAGAGACAGGACGUGUACUCUGUGUCGGUUGUCGCCGCGAGUGAACAUAUUACGAUGUCGAGUGCCACAUUCAAAUUGAAGUGUUUGUGACUGUGAGUGUUCUAGUGUACUGUUCAUCAUCUGAUUUACCGCCGCCGCACUGCGAAAAUGUACGUGCCAACUUAAAGCAACUUGAAUAAGUAUUAUUAAACCAGCCGUCUUCAUUGUGGCUAACCAUGCACCGGUUGCUCAGCAUCACACUCUUCAGCAUCAUGAUAGAACACGUCUUCGCCCAGGAGGGUGACAAGGAACACCAGGGCCCCCAACCCUGCGGGGGCCACCUGAAAGGUCCGGUCGGGGUCAUCCAGACCCCAAACUUCCCGAACGCGUUUCCCGUCCCCAUAAAGUGCCGAUGGGUUAUCGAGCAUGAUAUAUUGAACGGGACUAUAUCAGUGUAUUUCACGCAACAAUACACCACCAGUGGGCUGACGUUCACCGAGUAUAUGUACUAUGAUAAAUCUUAUAAGUUGGGGGAGCGGAGAGCGCUGACGGUUACGGAAGAGAAUAUAACGAGGAUUAAAUGGCUACAGGUCCAAAGUCCAGUCCUGGUGGUGGAGCUGACCCUCAACAGGCUAGAAGGCACGCAGCUGCGAGCACUGGGCCUGUUGUCAGUCUUCGGCUUCAACGUGACAUACGCCGUGAGGGCGCCGUCCACCGACCCCGGCCCUCCGUCUUGUAGUGCGAUAGAAUGCCGCCUGUUAGGGCACUGCUACGCUCGGCAGGACUACAAGGAGUUCCACUGCGCAUGUUUCGAGGGGUACUCCGGGGCCGACUGCGGCGAGGGCCCGCUCUGCCCGCGAACGUCCAACAUGUGCAAAAACGGCGGCACGUGCAGAGUGAUCUAG